CGGAAAUGUACCUGCUUUACAGAACCAAUAGCAGCGGCAGAGUAGUUGUGGACUUGUGGAUCCAGGGAGAGAAACAGUGUGCGUAAAAGUCUCCGCAGGUGAUAAUAAGUGUAGCGACAACAAAUCACAGCACCAUGAAUUCAACCCGGACGCUGAGACUCGAGAUUGGCAAGACCAGAAGUACGCUGUAUGUGUUGGGAAGAAAACUGACAGUGAAUUUAACAAGUUGUGCCCCAGUACAGAGCAAGUUCUACUCAGUUAAAUGCACCCCCAAUGUGCAGUGCCAGAUUUUGUCUUCAGUCCAGGCUGGGAACUCGCUGUUAUCACCACAGCCGCUCAGCAAAGACACUGUGCUGCUCGUUUCCAUGGGAGCUGCCAGCUUGCAUCCCAAUGACAGCAAGCUGUCUGUGAGGUUCUAUGGGAAUAAUUCAGAAAAUCUUGGAAGUGCUUUGCUACAUCUCACAGCUGUUGAAAUCUCCCUAGAUGUUGAUGCAGAUCGAGAUGGUGUUGUUGAGAGGAACAAUCCUAACAAGGCUUCAUGGAAAUGGGGUCCUAAUGGACAUGGUGCCAUUCUGCUUGUCAACUGUGACUGUGAGUCUUCCUACUUUAAGAAAGUGGACACUGAGAAUGAAGAGGUCUCUAAAGUGUCAGAUUUAAAAGACAUGUCCAAGAUGAUCUUGCGCACCAGUGGUCCAUCUGAGCUUCCAGAAGGCUACAAUCUGAGCUUACAUAUCUCACAGACAGACGCUGAAAGAGUGAGAAUCUUUAGGGCUCGAACAAGCAAGCAGGCAGAGUCCUCUCUGAAAAAUAUGUUACUCGGUUUGUUCCAGAAGGAAUAUCCUUUAGUUUUGAGCAAAAAGCAACUGGCCAACGCAGUCCCCUAUCAAGGUGGCAAGUCUGAGCUAGUGUUCUAUGUGGAGGGCCUUAACUUUCCAGAUAAGGACUUUGAUGGGCUACUUACGAUAAACCUUAGUCUUUUAGAGCCUGUUGGCAAGGGUUUCCCAGAGACCCCAAUCUUCACUGACAAGGUCAUGUUCCGUGUUGCUCCUUGGAUUAUGACACCCAAUACCCUCAGACCUUUGGAAGUCUUUGUCUGCAGCACACGUGAUAACUAUGAAUUUCUGAAGGGCAUAAAGCAACUGGUGCAGAAGUCUGGACUAAAACUGAAGAUAUGCCAUGAGUACAUGAACCGUGGAGAUCGCUGGAUGCAGGAUGAACUUGAGUUUGGAUAUAUUGAUUCUCCACACCACAGUUUUCCUGUUGUCCUGGACUCUCCACGAGAUGGAGACCUUGGGGAGUUCCCCUAUGAUGUCUUACUGGGUCCGGACUUUGGCUAUGUGACCCGCGAUGCUUUAAGAAAAGAGGUGAGCAGCUUGGAUUCAUUUGGGAAUCUGGAGGUAAGCCCCCCUGUCACCGUGAAUGGGAAGCACUACCCGCUGGGACGGAUCAUCAUCGGUGUUGCCUUCCCUACCACAGAGGAUGGCCGCAAUAUGACCAAAGUGGUGCAGGAUUUCCUCUGGGCUCAGAAGGUUCAGGAGCCAAUUGCUCUCUACUCUGAUUGGCUCGUUGUGGGUCAUGUGGAUGAGUUUAUGUCGUUUGUUCCAGCUCCUGACAGAAAGGGAUUCAGACUGCUACUAGCCAGCCCUAAUGCAGCAUAUAAAGUGUUCAGGACACUGAGGCAUAAAGGACAUGGGAAUGCUAAGAUGUUUCCAGGGACAGAAGAAGAGGUCAGCGUUGAUGACAUUUUAAGUGACAAGAACUUUCAAGUAGAAAACAGUUAUGUCCAGAGUUGUAUUGACUGGAACAGAGACGUACUAAAGAAAGAGCUUGCACUAGAUGAUGAAGAUAUCAUUGACUUACCUGUGCUGUUUAAAGUGAUACAUGAAAAUAACAGAGCUGUGGCCUUUUACCCUGACAUGGUGAACAUGAUAGUGCUUGGCAAUAACCUUGGUAUUCCCAAGCCGUUUGGACCGCAGGUGGGUGGUAAAUGUGCCCUGGAGACUGAGAUGCGCUCCCUGCUUGAGCCACUUGGCCUGAACUGCGACUUCAUUGAUGACUUUGCAGCCUACCACAAGCUUUUGGGGGAAGUACACUGCGGCUCCAACGUGCGCAGAGAACCUUUCCCCUUUAAAUGGUGGAACAUUGAGCUGUGAUGAAAAAAGUAGGGUAGGGUUUGCUAACCUCUGAUUACUAUACCAAGAACUGUUUUUAUUUCACUUACUGAUAACUAAUAUAAUGUAUUUUCAAAACAAGAUGACAUCAUUCCUCAUUAGUAUAGGUUUGCUAUUAAUAUUAUUUAUUGAUGGCAAAAAGCACUGUACAGAUUCCAUAUCAAGUGUUGGCUGUUAUGAGAUGAUAGCAUGUGUUUAAAGCAUAUGUAUUACUAUUUGAAUUAAAAAACAUUUCAUUUUUUUAUGGAAAAAAUGAUGAAAGCUUGAUAUUCAGAAAUAAGAUGAAUAAUAAUUAACUGUGUAAAAAAAAAAUUUAUUUGGCAUUUAGUAAAUUGUGAAAAACAGUUCUUGGCCUGACAGAUGUUUUGACACUACUGAAUAACUUUUACCUGCAAAAAAUAUUAUGCAGUUUCCAGAACAAACAGAGUUUUACAUUUUUAUCGCAAAAUAUCAACCACUAUGUGCCUGAGAAUCAGGGUUUUUUUUAAUACUCCUGUGUUGUUGUUUUGUACCGCUUACUAUAUUACAACAACUGGUGUCUUAAUAUUGAGACCUUCUGACAGAAAAUGAUUUUGUGUUGUUUUACUUAAUGAGAAAUAGUGUAACCCAGCAUGUAGUUACGCUGUACGAAAUAAUCAAUAAAACUAUUCUAAACA